ACGCUUUCCUGACAUAAACAGUGAUGUGUUCAAAUUUCUUGCAAUCUAAAAAAAACAAACAAAAACAACAACAACUGAUUAAGACCCCCCAACCCCUCCACCAGCGGAGCUCGCUUUGGAUAGGACCUUUCUGCAAGGUCUUCACCUCCUACUCCCCCCCCCUCUCUUUCCUGACGUCACGCACCGAGCAGAAGCACCAGAAGAAGAAGGAAAAAAAACUAGAGCUGCUGUGAAUCUCCCUCUGCCAGGACCGAGGAGGAGGGUGCAGAGAGACGGAGAGGGUGGAGGGAAUACACGGUCGGAUUUGGAUACAACUGCGCGCACCGAGCAGAGCGAGAGAGAGAGAGAGAGAGAGGGCACAUCAGUGGUGCGUGACCAGCGUUUCACCCCCUCCUCCUCCUCUUCCUCACCCUGCGAUCGGACGGAGCCGAGCAUGGAGCUCCCUGCCGCCGGAGAGCACGUCUUUGCGGUGGAGGGCAUCGAGAAGAAGCGCAUUCGGAAGGGCAAGAUUGAGUACCUGGUGAAGUGGCGCGGCUGGUCCCCCAAAUACAACACAUGGGAGCCAGAGGAAAACAUCCUGGACCCGCGCCUCCUCGUAGCCUUCCAGCACAGAGAGAGGCAGGAGCAGAUGAUGGGAUACCGAAAAAGAGGACCGAAACCCAAACAUCUUUUGCUUCAGGUGCCCUCAUUUGCCCGAAGGUCAAGCAUUCCAGCAGGUUUUGAGGAAACAUCUCAGGACGCAGAGGCUACUCUUAAACCUGAUCCCAUCCAGGUCCAGCGGCCCCAGCCUCAGCAGUACCAGCUGAACAGCAGGAAGCACCAUCAGUACCAGCCCAGCAGCCAGGAAGUGCCAGCUGACCAGCUAGCCAACAGCAGAAAGAAGUUCAUCUAUCAGCUGAACAGCAAGAAGCACCACCACUAUGAGCCUGACCCACAUAUGUACGACACACAGGCUUCUAGGCUCAAGGAGGUGGUCAAAGUUCAGGAACCAGCCAGUAAACCCACUAAUCCUGGGUGGAACCUGCCUCUGGCCCUGCAGCAGAAAUGGAUUCGUGACAAAGACACUGGCUGCUUGAGCAAAGUCAAAGAGCUGGCUGUGGAAGUGAGGAAGCCAGAGGCGCAGAGCGAGCAUGGCCUUAAACCCAACACUAAAGACGCUAUGCUACAAAGUGCCAUCAGCAGCAAAAUGAAGAUAAUCAAGAAUAAGAACAAGAAUGGACGUAUCGUUAUCGUCAUGAGCAAAUACAUGGACAGCAGCAAAGUCCACGGUGCAAAGGACAAACACAGAGAGACGUCAAAAGAAGAGAAGCCGCAAACCGUUAAACCGUUCGAGGACAAUUCAACAGUCAGGACCAAAACGCUCGAACACCCGGAGAACGGUAUUCCUAAAGAGAUCUGCGAUGGCAGGCCGCUCUCUGUGGCUGAGCAUCCCAUGAAGUGCUCCUCGAAGGACAGACACUUUUCCAAGCCGUCGCCGAGCACGGCCGAGGAGUACAACACCGAAGUGGCUCGGGGUCAAGCGGAUUUACCGGAGGAUUUGCCUCUGCAGCUGACCGCCACCUCUCCCCCGACAUCUUGGACCGCUGACACCAACAUCCCGACACCUACAGCCGUCGACCAGAUUAGGAUCCCCUCUUUCCCCGGGGACCGGAAGCGGAAGCUCUCGGAUCCGGUCGAGGACAGGAACUUUGGCAAAGUCUUCUUGACGUCAAGGAGCUUGAGCGUGCCGUGCAGCGCGGUGGCACCGCCUCAGGACAAACCCAUGGACCUACACUGCAGCGGCCCACGCCUCUGCAGCACCGUUACGCAUGAGGCGGAGGGGAGCCAAGAGGAGCCGAUGGACCUCAGCUGUCCCAGAAACAGGAAGCAGGCUGAAACAGAAGCACCGCCGAAGCCUGAGCCUGCGGUCGAAGACACGCCGCCAGAGAACGAGGACGCUCUGAAAUCCACGGGAAAAGCUAAAGAGCCACCGGCCAAAAAAAUCUCCCCUUUUAUGGGAAACAUCAUCAUCACCGACAUCACGACGAACAGUCUAACCGUCACCUUCAAGGAGUACGUUCCCAGGAGGCAGAGAGCAGCGCGGAGGAGCAUGGAGCUGUCUGCGGUCGGAGAGAGCGUGUUCGCGGCGGAGUCCAUCAUCAAACGGAGGAUCCGACGGGGACGCUGGGAAUAUCUGGUGAAAUGGAAAGGCUGGUCUCAGAAGUACAGCACCUGGGAGCCGGAGGAGAACAUCCUGGACGCGCGCCUCUUCGCUGCCUUCGAGGAGAGGGAGCGUGAGCGGGAGCUGUUCGGGCCCAAAAAGAGGGGUCCCAAACCCGAGACGUUCCUGCUCAAGGCUAAAGCCAAAGCCUCAGAAAGGACGUACGAGUUCAGGAGGGAGACCCCCCGGGGGUUCCAGGUGUCCUAUCCCAUCCCGGAGCCCGUCGCCACGCCGAGGGCCCGCGAAGGAUUACGUGCCGUGGUUCCCACGAUCUUCCCACCGAGCGCGGUCAACCGGGGUGAAAGUGUCCCCGUGCGCGCACCAGAGCCAGAGAGGAGGCCCAGACCCCCUCCGCCAGAAGCCCUCCCGGACCAGGAGUCCACGCGGCUCCCCAGAAAGCGAGGGCGCAAGCCCAAGUUCCAUUACGAACCGCGGGAAGGGUCGGCGGAACGGCCCCUGCUCCAUCACGGGGAGACGUCGGAACAGAGCCUCCUCCAGCUGACCAGGAGGUUCCAGGAGGAGACCACAAUCACACCUAAACCCGGCGGGGAGCUGAGGCACGCGGGGGGGCUGCCCUGCUCCUUCAACAGUGUGCGUAAAAGUGAGGGGCGCAGGACUUAUGGGUUGGUGUCAAUCCACUCCCCCGGCCGGCUGAAGCACCCCGAGGAGCAACCUGAGGCCCCCCAGACCGAGUCCUGGACCCCCCCUUUUAGCAGCUUGGACUCUGUGACGGUGACCGACGUCACGAUGAACCUCCAGACGGUCACCAUCCGGGAGAGCAGCACGGACCAGGGCUUCUUCAGAGGGAAGAGAUGAGCUGACUGCCAACAAACUGACAGAGUCUAUUUUCCUUUAAAACAUGUAAAUACAAAUAUUUAAU